CCAAAGAGAGGCCCUGAAUACCUGAAUCUGGCGCCAAGAUAGCAGCAGCUGCAAUAAUGCACAUUUCUGCUGAGGUCAGUUCGACCACCUCAAAUCAAAUACAGCAGCAACAUCAGACGCAGCAGCAGCAGCAACAGCAGCAGCAACAUCAGCAAACAACAACGACCGCAACGAAGCGACGCAAUGCUGAGUCCUCAUCCUCCUCCUCCACCAACAGUAGCAACAACAACAACAAUACCAGCACCACCAAUAACAACAACAACAACAGCACUACGAUCAACAACAAUAAUAAUACAAAUAAUAAUAACAAUAAUAAUAAUAACAAUGUUAAAACAAAGCCCGUGGACACGAGUCCUUAUCUGACGCCGGAGAAUCUCAUUGAGCGCACCGUCGAUGUCCUGCUCGCCGAACAUCCUGGCGAGCUGGUCAAGACGGGAUCACCUCAUGUGGUCUGCACCACCUUGCCCACGCACUGGCGUUCAAACAAGACCCUACCGAUCGCCUUCAAGGUCCUGGCCUUGGGCGAGGUCAUGGAUGGCACCAUAGUGACCAUACGGGCGGGAAAUGAUGAGAACUUUUGCGGUGAAUUAAGAAACUGCACGGCCGUAAUGAAGAACCAGGUGGCCAAGUUUAAUGAUCUGCGAUUUGUGGGAAGAAGUGGAAGGGGCAAAAGCUUCACCCUGACAAUUGUCAUCUCAACGAAUCCCAUCCAAAUAGCAACAUACACCAAGGCCAUCAAGGUGACCGUAGAUGGACCAAGGGAACCCCGCUCUAAGGUCCGCCACCAGGGCUUCCAUCCGUUUGCAUUUGGGCCACAGCGCUUUGGACCGGAUCCACUUAUGGCCGGAUUGCCCUUCAAGUUGCCAGGAUUCGCUCAUCACCUGGUGGGGAUGCACAGUCACCUGCAUGCGCCCGACUGGCGUGCCCACAUGACCUUGGGCGGUCGUCCGGCCGCUUUUCCCGCCGCCCCCUUCUUCGGACACCAUGCAGCGGCCGCCUUCCCAACGGCCAGCACCUUGCGGGGAUUGAGUGAUAACCAGCAGCAGCAGCAACAGCAACAGCAACACCACCAACAGCUGGCGCAUAGCACCACCAGUCCGGAGGGAUCGCCGACCACCACCACCACCAGUGGCACGCAGCUAAGCGCCUUUGUGCAGCCCCCGUUAACCUCGUCGCCGCCGCCGCCUCUGACCCUGCUGCGGCAGGACAAUAACAACAACAGCAACAUUGAUGCGGGCUUCGAGAGCGAUAGUAUUUCCGUGACAGGAUCGCCGCGAAAGAGUCAGCAGGGCUCACCGCUCACCCACGACGAGGAGGAGGCGGAAGCGGAUGCGGAUGCUGAGGCAGAAGCAGAAGCAGAAACGGAAGCGGCUACAAAUAGACUAAACAGCGGCGGUGGCCCUACGGCGGGAUCCCUGGGCGAGAGUUCACCAGGAUCGGGUGGCGCCUUCACCGCCCUCAUUCAGCGCAGCAAGAAUCCCACGGAUCUGUUCGGUGGCUUUGGAGCAGCUACCGGCGGCCAUUUUGCCCCCAGCCAUAGCUUCAAUCCCGCCCUGGCCGCCCAGCUGUUCCUUCAGAGCCCCCUGCUGCCGCAGUCAAGCCAGUGGCUCUACAGCCAGCUGUAUGGCAACUACAGUGAUCUACCCUGGCUGAGGAAUGCGGCGGCAGCGGCCGCAGCGAACGUGGCUCCCGAACGUGUACUGGAUGGCAGUGGCAAUGGAUCGUCCUUACCCGCGACGGGAUUGGGCAAUCCGGAUCACGACGGCGUCAAUCUAAUCAAACGGUGUGUGACCCUGAUCACGCACAAUCCCCCGGAUGCAGAGAAUGCCAAUCCGAAUGCCUCGCCGCCGGUUAGCUCCACGCGGCAAUCGCCAUCACCCGUGGAGACCAUUGAUCUGGACGAUGUGAGCACCACCUCGCGAUCAGCCAGUGGUUCCUCCGGUGGCGGCCUGGGUGUGGGCCUGGGCGGUGGUCCCAUAAGGACACGGACCCCCAAACCAUCAGGGGAUGUGUGGCGCCCCUACUAG